GAGUCGUCUGUGGCCACGGGUCUCUCGGCUACCUGGGGUGUUAAGGACUCAGCUUGAUUUAUUGGAAUUCACAGCUGCCCUUCUUUAGCCUUUCAUUUCAUGCCUAGGAUUUAUAAGCAGAGACCAAAAGAGGAACAUCCAUUUCGAGGGCUUUUCUAAGACCUGAUUUGCUGAGAGAAUGUUCCCGUGGCCAUGGAAUAGAAGAUGAACUCAGCUGAAUUCAGUGAAGAUGUAGAAGAAGUUCUAAAAAGUAACACUGUGAAGGUGGAGACGGAAAGCGAGGAUGCUGCUCUGGACUGCUCGCUGAGCUCCAGGACCGCAGAGAAGCACGCUCUGGACAGCGUCUUCACCGCCCUCCAAGUGUCCAGCAAACGCCGGCAGCUGGGUGGCGACGGCCAGCCAGACUGUGUCUCCAGUGUGAAGAGGAGGCGGCUGAUUCCCGAGGCCCUGCUGGCAGGCAUGCGGAACCGGGAGAACAGCUCGCCCUGCCAGGGCAAUGGAGAGGCAGCUGGCAAGAGCAGAAGCGUGGGCUCUGCGUGGCUGGGCGAGGAGGAGCCCUGCAAUGACACGACCACCCCUUCUUACAAGAAGCCUCUCUACAGCAUCUCGCACAAGAUCAUGGAGAAGAAGAACCCGCCCGUGGGGGACCUGCUCAGUACCUAUGAGGUCUUCGAGAAGCCGAACCCCAGCAACAGCCCCUCCCCAAUGCGCCUGCUGAGUGAGUCUCAGAAGCGCGACUGUGGUAGCAUGGGGGCUGCCGCGGAUGGGGACCCCAACAUCUACUUCCUCAUCCAGAAGAUGUUCUACAUGCUCAACACCCUCACGUCCAACAUGUCCCAGCUGCACAGCAAGGUGGACCUGCUCUCCCUGGAGGUGAGCCGCAUCAAGAAGCAGGUGAGCCCUUCCGAGCUGGUGGCCAAAUUCCAGCCACCGCCCGAGUACCAGCUGACCGCUACUGAGCUCAAGCAGAUCGUGGACCAGAGCCUGUCGGGCGGGGACCUGGCCUGCCGGCUGCUGGUGCAGCUCUUCCCCGAGCUCUUCAGCGACGUGGACUUCUCUCGUGGCUGCAGUGCCUGCGGCUUUGCUGCCAAGCGGAAGCUGGAGUCCCUGCACUUACAGCUUAUCCGAAACUACGUGGAGGUCUACUACCCCUCGGUGAAGGACACGGCUGUGUGGCAGGCCGAGUGCUUGCCGCAGCUGAACGACUUCUUCAGCCGCUUCUGGGCCCAGCGGGAAAUGGAGGACAGCCAGCCGGGCGGCCAGGUGCCCAGCUUUUUUGAAGCCGAGCAAGUGGAUGCCAGCCACUUUUUGGACAAGAAGGACCAGGAGGAGGCCCUGUCUCUGGACCGGAGUAGCACCAUCGCCUCUGACCACGUGGUAGACACGCAGGACCUCACCGAGUUCCUGGAUGAAGCCUCGUCACCGGGCGAGUUUGCGGUCUUCCUCCUCCACCGGCUCUUCCCCGAGCUCUUUGACCACCGCAAGCUAGGCGAGCAGUACAGCUGCUAUGGUGACGGCGGCAAGCAGGAGCUGGAUCCGCAGAGGCUGCAGAUCAUCCGCAACUACACAGAGAUCUACUUCCCCGACAUGCAGGAGGAGGAGGCCUGGCUGCAGCAGUGCGCCCAGCGCCUCAACGAUGAGCUGGAGGGCCUGGGGCUGGAGGCGGGCAGCGAGGGCGAACCCCCUCGGGACGACUGCUACGACUCCUCCAGCCUCCCGGACGACAUCUCCGUGGUCAAGGUGGAGGACAGCUUUGAGGGCGAGCGGCCCGGCCGCCGCUCCAAGAAGAUCUGGCUGGUGCCUAUUGACUUCGACAAGCUGGAGAUCCCGCAGCCUGACUUCGAGGUGCCGGGCCCCGACUGCUUGCUCAGCAAGGAGCAGCUGCGCAGUAUCUACGAGAGCAGCCUGUCCAUUGGCAACUUCGCCUCGCGCCUGCUGGUGCACCUCUUCCCCGAGCUCUUCACCCACGAGAACCUGCGGAAGCAGUACAACUGCAGCGGCUCCCUGGGCAAGAAGCAGCUGGACCCGGCUCGCAUUAAGCUGAUCCGCCAUUACGUGCAGCUGCUCUACCCCCGGGCCAAAAACGACCGCGUGUGGACCCUGGAGUUCGUGGGCAAGCUGGACGAGCGCUGCAGGCGCCGGGACACCGAGCAGCGCCGCUCCUACCAGCAGCAGCGCAAGGUACACGUCCCGGGCCCCGAGUGCAGGGACGUGGCGAGCUAUGCCAUCAACACAGAGCGGUUCCGGGAGGAGUACGAGGGGCCCCCGCUGCCCCCGGAAAGAAGCAGCAAGGACUUCUGCAAGAUCCCUCUGGAUGAGCUGGUGGUCCCCUCGCCCGACUUCCCAGUGCCCCCUCCCUACCUGCUGUCGGACAAGGAGGUGCGGGAGGUCGUGCAGCAGAGCCUGUCCGUGGGUAACUUCGCCGCACGGCUGCUCGUCAGGCUCUUCCCCGAGCUCUUUACCGCCGAGAACCUCCGGCUGCAGUACAACCAUUCUGGGGCCUGCAACAAGAAGCAGCUGGACCCCACCCGGCUCAGGCUCAUCCGCCACUAUGUGGAGGCCGUCUACCCCGUGGAGAAGAUGGAGGAAGUGUGGCAUUACGAAUGUAUCCCCAGCAUCGACGAGCGGUGUCGCCGCCCCAACAGGAAGAAGUGUGACAUCCUCAAGAAAGCCAAGAAGGUGGAGAAGUGACGGGCCAAGGGUUGCCCAGAGACUUGGGGUCGCCGGAGCCUGAGCGCUGGGCACCCCCGGACUGAGCGUCACUGUGGAGCACAUGUGUGGUACCCACAGGCAGGCACCUUAUGUCCACGGGGUGUGGCUUCCUACCUUUGCACACAUAAACACCCACCUGACCACAAGACAGGAGCCUUGCAUUUGAUUUCUUGUACUCGUGACUUUCCUGUGUCUCUGGUGUGGCUGCUGCAGUCUGGGGGAGGAUGGCUGAGGGUGCAGAGGGGCUGGAGGAGUGGGGUCCUCUCCCUGGCUGCGGCCUCCAUGGCGCUCACGGUCACGGUCCAGGAUGCAAACUCGGUGACUCCUGGUCCUCUCCACACUUUUACACCCCCCCCUUUUUUAAUUAAACUGAAUCCCUUUUUUAAAAAGCAAAAAUCACUGGGCUCUUUUGGGGCCAUUUUACUUAGGAAAAAAAAAUCUUUUUAAGUAUUUGAGACGAAGUACUGUAAGAUGAGUUAGGUGCUGGGAUUUUUAGAGAUGAUUUCAGAUUUCUGAACUUUGUAGAAGUGCCAUGUUCGUGCGUGGUGGGUAACACAGCAUGGGGCGGCACCGAGACAGCUCCCUGACCUUGUCCUUACCUGGUUCUGGAAGACUCGAGAUGCCCCUUGGAUGGCGGGAGAGGGCUGGGACCGGAGCAGUGAGGUGGAGCUGGUUCUGACCUAGCUGCGCCUCCCGCCAAGGCGCCUGGCGGGCUGUGUGCGCUGUUGCCGGGGCAGCCUGUGGUGCCCCCUCUGUGGAUGAGAACACUGGAUGAUGAUGAUAUGAAUGUAGACAGACGUGGAAACGUGUUCACGAUGUCUUCAUGUGAGCUGUGUCCUUCGUGCCCGUUCCCCCUCGGUGUGUGGGUGCUGGUUGGAAGGGCAGUCAAGUUUUCUUGAAAAACGGUGUGUGUGGGCAUGUGGCUUCUUAUUUGAUUUAAGGGUGGGCCCUUUGGGCUCGCUGAGAACUGUUUGUUUUCCGUGUGGGUAUUUGUGUGAAAUCCGGGUCUGGGCGCUGCACGGUGACUUCCCCAGGCCUGUGUGAGCCCCUCCCACAGCAGGACGUCCUUGUUCCUGGGCAGGCGGGCCUGGGCCUGGGCCCCCCUGGGAAUACUUGGUUUUGGAAGGACACGGGUUAUCUCAGAUGGGGCUUGAAUGUCCUUUCCAGGUCCACUCAAAACUUUCUCCUCAGCCCCCUGGAAGGUUUUACUGUCCUGCCCCUGGCCCGUCCCCUGGCUUUGAGGUACAACAUCUCUUCCCUCCUUGCUGACUUGGAAGGUGUGACUGCUCUAAGCCAGCAGCUUGCUCUCAGGAGUGCUGGCCAGGAGACCUUUCGACAGGUUGUGUCCUGAAAGACAGUGUUUCUCCCUGUCCGGGGCCACGUGCUUAGGGGAAGCGAACAGUGCUGUGUCUUGCCAGAGACCCUGAAUAUAACUGAAUCAAACCAGGUAGUCCGCAAGCCCUUGUGGGAGGUUACAGAUUUAAUAACCUAAUGCUUUAGUAUUUUGCUACCCUAAAAUGCAGAAAUAAUAGAAAUAAUCUGUGAGUUUCCUUCAUGCAGCUAAGAAAGUUAGUUCCAGUGACUGUUGUGACAUACUUUUGCCUGUACUCAGUGGGCAUUUAUAUAUGUAAAACAGUUUUGAGCAAUGUGAAGUUGCUGUUUUAUGUCAUUACAGCUUGUUUCUGCUGAAGCUGCAAGCCUGUAGUUUUGAAAUUGAGAAAUGCACGGGGACUUGAGUACACUCUGUCACACACCCACACCUUGGACGUACACAGGAAGUGUAAGGGAGAGAGGCCUACACAGAUAACAAAUUCUUUUGUGCCUGGAUACAAGGGACUGGAGCAGCCAGGAGACUCACCUUUCCCCCCUCAGUUGGGCCUUUUUCUUUGCCUUAGUCUCCCUACUGUGCAAGUGCGCAUACACACACACACACACCUACCCAAAGAUGGCUGUGGCUCUCUGCCCUUGGCCCUGCUGGUUGGGGAGGGCGGUACCAUGGAAUUUGUUCUGGUCUCUAGGAUGUAUCCAAGAGGAUUCCAAGCCAUGUGAAAAUUACCCUGCUUUUAGAGAGUGGAAUGUGACCCUGCAACUUUAGAAGCACAAUCAAUAAUUUUUUAAAAAAUUCUUGUCUAUUCACAUUAGAGAAAUCAACAGGUUGUAAGAAUUAAAUGUCUCUUUGCAAACUAGAGCACGGUAAAGUUUUAGAAACUGCGUUUUGGUGGUUUCCUUUACACCCUUCUUGUGUAGGGCAUCUCCCGCAUCUCCGAUCCCUUUUAGUGAGGAGGGGCGGCCGUACCGGAGCUGUGCCCGUCCCCUGGACCGUGUUCUGUCUGUGUGGUGCGCUCACUUCUCCACCAUUCGGGUGGCUCGCGGGGUGUGUUUUUUACAUGAAGCAAUAGAAGUACAAAAAUGCUUAUUUUUUCAGAAUCUAACGUGUUCCUUAAAAUCAGUUCCUUCUCUCCCAGUUUUUUGGUUUUAGGUGUUUGUGUUUUGGACUUUUUUUUCCUCCUCUCUCCCUCUCUCUCCCCCUGUCCCUCUCUCUUGUCUCUGUCUGUCUCUGUCUCUUUUUGCCUUAUAUCCCAAGGACUAAAGAAUUAGCACAGACACAUUCUGAGGUUAAGUAAAGUAGUCACAGUAAGGGUAGUGGUCAUGGUUCUGGUAGUAAGGUGUUAAGGAAUGUAUGAAGAUAGUCUUGAAUGUACUGUUUGGAUCCUGCUUCAGUUCUCGUGCCCGUGUCUACACAGUGACAAACAUUUGACAGGGAAUAAAGUGUCCAUUGUCAUGAGUGCUAGUGUACCCUUCCCCUUCGGUCUUGACCCCAAUGUUUUUUCUUUUCAAGUUGGGGGUGGGGCUGUCUGCAGCAGUCACUAACCAACCGUGGGAUCUGCUCCUGGUGAUGGCUUGGCUGUUCGAAUGCCAAGAGUGAGGGCCCAGCCCCGCCGGCACAGCCUCGCAGAGCUCCCCUGCGGCCCGGUUGGCAGGGGGCCUGCGCCGCCUGGUGUGCGGCUGUGUAGGUCCUCAGUUCUGAGUGCGGUGGGUGCCCUGGGGACCGGCACUGCCACUUGGAAAUACUUGCCUCGCCUCGGGUAGAUCCAGCCUUAAUGUUUCUGACAUCCUAGUAAGAGCAGACCCUGCACAAAGUGGAUAUCAGAGUUAAUACUGUGAGGAGACAAAAUAAUGAGAAUAGUUCUACCAAAGAUAAUGAAUUGUCCAAUACUGUCUGGAUUUUACCAUUGAUUUGAGUGCAUCCUUAGCAAACUGAAUGUAACAAAAACCCAGGACAUUUUUGCAAACUGUAUGCUGUCUAGCAACUUUGUGUGAAUUUUUAUACAAGCACUGUUUUUUGAGUUAUAUAAAAUGUUAUAAAAAUAGAAAA